AUGGCGCCUCCCAUCACUGUUUUCGAGAAUCCAUGGCCGAAAGACAAGCCCAAGAUAUUGCUUCACGUUGCAGCCGCUAGGCACACCGAGAUUAUUGAGAUUUUCUUAAAGCUUCUUCCGUACUUCAAACAAGACGAGAAGGGCAACAUCCACGAUAAAGCCCUGGCGCUUUCGGAGUGGCGCUACACGUGCUACAUCCGCUUCCUCGAUUUCAGCGGAACAUCGCCGAAUGACUUUCCGCCGCCGUGGGAUGUUGCGAUUAUCUGGUAUUGCCAUCUGCUCUCGCCCAGUGGAUUCCACCGUCAUUUAUGGGAUAACUGCCAUUCUUCCUACGGCCUAAACCACAACCAGUUUCCAAUCAUGCGUCUAUUGCAUCUCGCCAAGUCCGGAAAGUGGACGGACACGAAAGCUCAGAAGAAAUGGGCGUCCUUCAACAGGAAGAAAAUUGGCCCGCAUCUUCCCUUUCAACUUUGGAGAUCUCCGCCGUGGGAGGAUAAACGAAAGCUGGGCAUAUUUUCUGUCCUAUCUACUAAAAAGUCGAACAUACAACCCGAAGAAGACCCAGGUAUCGUCAUGUACAAUAUUUCUGGAAAGCUCUGCACGACUUUCAAACAGGACAAGUGGACACUCUCCGAGUGGACGGACAUCAGGACGGGCAAGAGACUGGAAACAUGUCUAAAAGCCAGCAUCCACAGCAGCCGCGGGCAAAGAUGCGAGUUGGCCAUGUGGCCGAGUCUGCAGGAUCUUAGGGAUACGCUGGACCGCCAGAUCGGCUUUUGGAAAGCUACAAUCCAAGCGCGGGACGCGCAGAAGAACUUUAAUCAUAUUGUGGAGGAGUCAGUCAAGGAUUACGAGCGCUUCAUAAAGCUGCUCGGGCGACCCGCGGAAGGGACGUUCACGUCCCGCCCGCUAGAAUAUGACAUGGACACGAUAGAGAAACCAGGCUCCAUGCCAGACAGGAACCGGGAGUUCGUGCCCCCGAAUCUCGUCAUUGACCUGCUAUGGCACACGCACCGGCUGUACCCCGCGAACUACUGGACCUGGAGCUUUGCCGUCGCGAGGAGACUCAUCGACUAUGCACCAACGCCGUCGGCUGCCGCGGCGAGGAGAACCCUUGCGGAAACGAGAAUGGAGUGGAGGAAAAAAUACGACGAGGAGUGUACGGAGCAGUUUGCAAUGGACGAGGAUGGCGUGGAAGAUUACAUCCCUGAUGCGGCGGUAGUUCCACCAGGUCACCCAGCCCGGGUGAAAGCGAAAUGGAUUCUGGGCGGUGUGAACCCGGUCAGGGAGAGAAGGACAUACACCAAGGGGCAGUAUUAUGUUUUUGAGGGCGUAUGGGUUUCUUUCGAAGGUAGCGAUGCUGGCGGGGGUGACGGCGGCGGUGGUGAUGGAGGCGGGGGCGGUGAUGGAGGUGGCGGAGGAGGCGAAUGA